AAAAGAAAAAAAGGGGGGGGACGAAGACUUUAUGAAAAAGACAGUUUUCGUUGGAGGAAGGUUUGUGUAAUAAAUGGAAAAACUGGUUGCUGAAAAAGUAAAAAGGAAAAAAAGAAAGGACCAAAGGGAAAAAUAGAAGAGAAAAGUUUAUCCGAACCCACACCUGUCCAUCGAGGCUCAUUGGGCAGCUUAAAACGCGGUCUUUUUUACAAGAUUACGACGCUGCCCGAUCUGCCCGAUACCGGACUGGAAAAUUACGGGCAGUCGGUCUCCAGUAAUCGCACUCGCUUCUCUCACUUCCCCUCUCUCACCUCUUUCCCUCUCAACCCCCCCCCCCCCCCCCUUCUCUGAGUGCCGCCGAUAAUUCUAUAUCUUCGUUUCUCUUUUGUCUUUUCGAUCUCGAUCCGACGGUCCACAAUGAACCUCCCUUCUCCUCCUUCUUUUCUGUGGUUUUAGAUCUCCAUACCUCCAGAUCUACCAUCUCUCUGCUCUGAUCUCUCUUCUCGGAUAGGCGGUAGAAACUACCAAAUCAACACGGUAGGGGAAGGGGCUGACUGAGAGACUGAGAGACUGAGAGAAUUUCCGGUGGAGGAACAGUCGCCGCGCGAAUGGAGAUAGCAAAUGCUUCAUUAGGUGUCACGCUCGGUGAUGGCUCACUGGCAUGCGCCAGUAAUUGCUUAGCUGCUUUACUAGCUUCGGCUCUGGUCAACACCCAGCGCCUGGCUCAGGAUUCUCUUGGUGCAUUUCUGAUCAAUCCUGAAAUGAAAGGAGAUAGUUCCACCCUGUGCCCCUCGUCCACACCGCUCGAUGCUGGAGGAGAUGUUGAUGAUGACGAUGAAGGUGAUGGGGAUGGCGACUUGAGUGAAGGUGAAGGUGAAGAGGAUUUAUCAUCUGAAGAUGGAGAUGACUACACCAACAACCUCAACGAUAAUAACAAAAGUAAUUCUAAGAAGAAUCCAGAGGGUGGAGCUGGUGGGGCGGAAGAGAAUGGAGAGGAAGAAGAAGAGUUUGACGGGGAGGAGGAUCAAGACGAUGAUGGUGAUGAUGAUGAUGAUAACGAUGAUGGCGAUGAGGAUGACGACGACGAAGAUGGUGAUGACGACGACGAUGAUGAUGGUGGAGAGGAUGAAGACGAAGUAGCAGAUGACGAGGACGAAGAGGACGAGGACGAAGACGAGGAAGCACUCCAGCCUCCCAAGAAGAGGAAGAAGUAAAAAAAAAUAGGGAGAUGAAAAAGCGGACAUAGACACUUUUCAUAUGUAGCUUUGUUCCCCCGACUUUUGGGUUUUUUUUUUUUUCUUUUAAAAAUUUUUAUUUUAGCUUCUUGAGAACGUUUGUUAGGAUGUGUUCCAAAUUAGUAAUUAUGUCUCCGCUGCAUAAUUUUAGAGUACCUUUGAACUUUUUUAGCUGCAGCAGUGAUAAACGGCGAUUAGUUUCAAUGCUUUAAUUAAUUUGAUAAUGGAAGGAGUUCACUUUUCGCUGCCCAAA